AUGGGCUCUCUCAGAGCGGCCAAUACCAGGUUAUGUCUGGACUUUUUCAAAGAGCUGAGUAAAACAAAAAGAAAUGAAAAUAUCUUCUUCUCCCCAUUAAGUCUCUCAGCUGCCUUUAGGAUGGUCCUCCUUGGUGCCAGAGGCAACACACUCAAACAGAUUGAGAAGAUGGGUUUUCUUUGCUCCAUAAAGGGAACGGUGCUCUCUUGGCUCAUAGUACAGUCUAAUAUAGUUCCUAGGCACCCAAAGGUAUUUCAUUUCAGUGAAAUUUUGAACAGUACAAGCCAAGGAACCAGAUAUCCUUCUGAAAAGUGUGAAGAAGCUGGAGGCAUCCACUCCCAGUUCCAGGCAUUGUUAGCAGCAAUCAGUGAACUCAGCACAGGUUGUUCUCUCAGCAUUGCCAAUAGGCUAUUUGGAGAAAUUACUUAUCAGUUCCUCCAGUAGUACUUGGAUUCCAUAAAGAAAUUCUAUGGAACAGAACUGGAGGCAGUUGAUUUUAAAAAUGCUAAAGAAGAAACCAGAGACAAGAUUAUUCGCACGGAAAAUGAGACAAAAGGUAAAAUCAAAGACCUGUGUCUUGCUGGGUCUGUUAAUCCCUCCACUGUACUUGUGCUCAUCAAUGCUGUAUACUUUAAAGGCAAGUGGGCAGUAGAACUUAGGAAAGAAGACACCAAGGAAACAUAUUUCAGACUGAGCAAGAAUGAGAGAAAGACAGUGCAGAUGAUGUUUCAGGAAAGUUAUUUUAAAUUGGCUGUCAUAGAGGAAUUGUAAAUUAAAGUGCUAGAGCUCCUAUACUUUAAUAAUGAACUAAGCAUGUUCAUUCUCCUUCCUGAAGUUGUCUGUGAGGACUUUACCGGCCUAGAACAGAUAAUACCCUUUCUUUUCUCUAAUUGCAUACGUAAGGGAAUGCAAACAGAGCAAUAUGUUAGCAUUGCUCCAGCAUGCAGAAUGGAGCAGCUCGGUGAAGGUGUGUACCUGCCCCAGUUCAAGAUAGAGGAAAGUUACAUUCUCAACAAAACUCUCCAGGAAAUGGGAAUGAUUAAUGUUUUUGACUGGGGAGAAGCUGAUUUAUUAGGAAUAUCUAGAGAGGAUGUCCUAAUUGUGUCAAAAGCCAUCCACAAAUCAUAUGUAGAAGUUAAUGAAAAGGGCACUGAAGCAGCAGGUGUCACAGUGAUUGUUGCAAUGCCUCUAUGUUACCCAGUUUCUUAUGAGUUCAAAGCUGACCACCUGUUCCUCUUCUUCAUUAGACACAAUUCAACCAAAAAUAUUCUCCUCUUUGGCAGAUAUUCCUCCCCUUAA